UUUUGUUUUUUUUUUCUUUUAAUUGUUAGAAUUUUAAAAAAGUUUUUAGAUUUAAGUUAUUUUUAAUGUUUAAUAAAGUUUAGUUAUAGAGUUAAGAAAAUGGGUAAUCAACCAGGAAAAGUACACAGCUCAAGAGACAUUUACAAAAGAUCAUUGAAUGGGAAAAAUUCUAUUGGUAUCCCAUCAGCGCCAAGUAAACCCGAAUUAGUUACCAAUCAUGUAAUAGCUUCCGAUGCUGUCACUAUUCGAUGGUAUUACCCAAAUGAUGAAAAUGUGUUGCUUCAAGGCUAUAUCGUAGAACAUCGAAGAAUCGGAUCACAACAAUGGAUGCGCGCAGUGAACAUUUUAAUACCAAAUAAUGAACUUACCAUUAACGGACUCGAUCCUGGUUGGAAAUACCAAUUCCGAGUAAUUGCUGUAACAUCUUUAGGCAACUCUUAUCCUUCAGAAUAUUCUGAGCCUUUGUCUGUCAUGCUUCAACGAAAAACUACAAGUACUGCUCCAUACUUUGUUACGGAAUUGGAGAAUAAAGAAGUGCUUUUACACAGUCCAGUUGAGUUCAAAGUUGAUUUUAACGGAAAUCCAUCGCCAGAAAUUGUUUGGUUUAAAGAUGGCUUUGAAUUACUCGAUGAUGAGCACAAUAAAAUUUUCGUUGAUUACGAAGCGGGUUGCUCAAUGUUGCAAAUUGACAAUGUUGUUUCGUCAGACGAAGGUGAAUUCAAGUGUUUGGCAACGAAUUCAAUGGGCCAAGCUGAAACUAAUGCAAAAUUAAUUAUUGAUGAUCCACCGAAAGUGUUACUUUCCAAAAAUUAUGACGAUGGGCUUUUAGCUGAAGCUGGUGAAGUUUUGCGAUUAAAAGUUGCUAUUGAAGGACGUCCUGCUCCAACUGUUAUAUGGACCCAUAAUAACAGGAUGAUCACAUCUGUCGAUCGCUUUGAAAUUAUAACGACAAAAACAAGUUCAAACCUACGCAUUUCUAAUGUUCAAAGAGAAGAUCGAGGAGAAUAUACAGUCAAAGCAUUGAACCGAAGCGGAGAAGAUUCAAAAUCUUUUCUCGUUACUGUCACUUCAAGACCAAGUUCUCCCGGAAAAGCUAUUGUUUCGAAAUGUAUUGGGAAUUCUGCAACAGUUCACUUUACAGAGCCCGAAGAUGAUGGAGGAUGCACAGUUUGUAAUUACAUUAUUGAAUAUAAUCGAACUGGAUGGGAUGUAUGGUUGAAAGCUAAGACAACAAAAAAUCUCACAGUAACUUUGAAUAACUUGAUCGAAGGUUCAGAAUACAAAUUUCGGGUAAAAGCUGAGAACUUGUAUGGAAUCAGUGAACCUGGAGAAGAAUCCUUUUUGGUAUUUGUGCCUGAUAUUAAUCGAGGAGUUUUCUCUCCGCCUCGCAGUCAUAACACUUCGUCAACAAACCUAUUGGGCAGUCCUGUUUUGAGAAGUAGAUCUGUUAGUAGAGCUGGAAGUAGAUCUGCAAGUGUGACAAGAGAAAAAGUUGACAGUGAAACUUCAACAAGACCUGUUGAAGAAGUUAAAAGUCCUGUGCAAAUCAAAAUCGAAGAACCUGAAGAAACUAUUAUUGAACCUGUUGAAGUUGAAAAACCAGUUGAAGUUGAGAAACCAGUUGAAGUUGAAAAAGCAGCUGAAAUUGAAAAACCUAUUGGUAAGUUAAUUAUUCUUUUUUAA